UACUUGGAGAAAAAACGCUUGCUUUUCCCACGCUUCUUCUUUGUAUCCGAUCCGACUUUGCUGGAAAUUCUCGGCCAGGCUUCAAAUCCCCAUACCAUCCAGGCUCAUCUUCUGUCCGUAUUUGACAAUAUCAAAACUGUGAAAUUUCACGAGAAGAACACCGAUCUCAUCCUCACAUGUUACUCUCAAGAAGGAGAAGUCCUGGAGCUGGAACGACCGGUCAAAGCCGAGGGUCAUGUCGAAGUUUGGCUUUCCGUAUUGCUCAAGCAGGCCCAACAUUCACUACAUGAAAUAAUUCACUCAGCCUAUCAGGCUGUGAUGAGUACGGAUUUCAAUCUUUUGGAAUUUUUGAAUUCCUAUCCGGCGCAGGUCGGUCUACUCGGGAUUCAGUUCAUCUGGACAAGGGAUGCCACAAAUGCGCUGAGAAACGCCAGACACGAUCGAAAAAUCAUGAUAAAAACAGAUACCGCAUUUACACGUCUUCUGACCACCCUGAUUCAACAAACGACCAAAGAUUUGUCCACGGUGGAGCGAACCAAAUAUGAAACGCUUAUCACGAUUCAUUUACAUCAGAAAGAUAUUUUCACCGCGUUGGUAAGUCAUCAAAUAACGCCGGUUGUAUUGCUCUUGUGA